CUGGUUGGGGUCGAACUCGUCCUUCUUGUCGAUCUUCUUCACGUCGUCGGCUGCCAGUUGAAGUCACGCAAACGUCAGUAAAGAAGCCCCGACUGGUUUAACAGAUUGCCACGCACCAUCGAUGGAUUUCUUUCGUUUGCCCAGCGUCGCCACUUUCUUCAUGGGGGCGAUUUUGAUGCUCGUGGUGCUCAUUGUGGUGAUUUUUUUUCUUAGUGGGAGGCUGCUGGAGAGAGGAUCCAAGGAUACGAGAAGAACCACUUGAGCACGUGAACGCAAAUUACGUUGUGAGAGCAGAAGCAACUCGAGCGGAAAAUGCCUGUCCGUUUGCCUCACGGAGGAGAAACCGCCGCCCUCUGGCGACUCAGAUGGCUCUUUUUUUUAAAAGAGUCUUUGAAGUGCACCAGAUUAGAGCGCAGUGAUUGGUCGAAAAGAAUGUAUCACGGAAUCGCAUUCAGUGCUGCCCAGCACAGUGUACACUAUUAUGUUGGCUAGUGUGGAAUCCAUGAACCGAGGGCAGUCUGCCCUGGACAGGUGAUUAAGAUGCCGAUGUGUUAGGCGAACACUGUUAGCUGAGCCCCAGAGCUAACUUAGCUCUGGGGCUUCGCACAUUUUUGGAGGCACCGACGAUUGCUGACGGUACGUGAGACGGCUUCAACAUCGUUGCCCGAAUUGAUAAGCUUAUCAACUUUCUUGACGCUUCGUGACUACCGCUGAUAGGCUCUUAUGAGAUGGCCAAACGGUUAAACAGCCAUGCUUUCUUCGGAGUCAGCACUAGCACUAGGUUGGCUUUGCCAAACCCACAGUUGAUUCUCGUUAGACUAAGGAGCGUUUGGUUAAGGAGGCAUGCUGGCGCGCAAAAACAUCACCAAAAACAAAUAGAGACCAGCGCAACGUUUCGCAAAACUGAAGACGCACCCACCCCAGCUUUUUAUUGCAGUGCUUUAUCACUGCAUGCAUCGCCAAGAUUCCAUCCCAGAAGAAGAGCGAAGGCACAAGUUGGUCCAAUACCGGUAUCAACCGGUCCGAUUUUGAAAUUUCAAAACGGUGACUUCUGAUUGGCUACUAUCCCCACACUUCGUUUGCUUAGUGAGCUCAAGUCACUUGUGUCCCUCCAGUGCUUUUUCCCCCAAACCAAACCGAAGACGGCCGCAAGCACGAAGAGGCUCCGAUCCACCUGCAUUUUAAGGCGACCGGCUGCAGCUCAACGCUAUACUCACGCCCAUUCUGUCCAUAACGCGCUGUUUCCUCCGCCUCGCUUUCCCGCAUUCACCACACAGCUGCCAGCCAUGUCAUUUACCCGAAGGAGCAUCCGAAUUAACAAUGAGAACGAAAUGCCCGCGGAUCUGGCCUCUUCUCGCCCUGGAAAGGUGCAUACAGCUCUGCAAAGUAUGGCUACUGCACUCCAGACCAUUUAGACUUAGUUUUUGUGUUGCUUUGCCCUCUACAGCGCCAGAUUCUGCGAGACGCGCAGGACGCUGGCAACCCCGAAAAGCGUCCGCGAUUCAUGAAGUCUCAGAGUAGUACGACCACCGGAGGACCCCGCAGAACCGCUCUAGGAGACGUGACCAACCGUCGCUCAGCAUUGGGUGAUGUGACCAACAGGAUCAACGUACGUCGAGUGAUACAGAGAGAUUGUGGUGCAAAUAGUGACGUGAAUGUAUUGUGAUGCAGAUCAAGAAGGCCAGUGUGAGCUCCAUGAGCUCUUCGGUCACAAACGCUGGAGCUCUGGCCAAGAAGAAGGUCAUUGCCAGCAAGCGCAGCCUCAGCAACAUCAACAUUGGCAGUCGCACACUCAACACUGCCAACGCCAGCAAGAGGAACCUCAGCAACGUGAACCUCAUCAGUCGCCAUGUCAGCUCAAUGACCAGCAGCACGUCGUCUCUUAGCAGCCGCAGUUCGUCGUCGAUCAUCAGCCGUAUGAGCCGUCCACUUCCUUCUACAACUAACACGCUUGGAUCUCUGGGACUCCAGGACAAGAUCUCGCCAUCGGUUAACAUCAUCCCCCCAACUCCGGAAGAAAACGAGCAUGACAUUGAUUCGGAAGACAGAAAUGACCCCACUGCGUGCUGGCAGUACGCUGAAGAUAUCACAAAGUACCACCUGGAGACGGAGAAGAAGCGCAAGCCCAGCAGCUCGUACAUGUCUCGCCAGUCGGACAUUAACGCGAAGAUGCGUGCAAUCCUGGUGGAUUGGCUGGUGGACGUGCACUACAAGUACGGACUGUUGCCACAGACUCUGCAUAUCGCUGUCAUGCUUAUCGACCAAUACUUGGAGAAGAGUUUAUCGGUUGGACGCCAGCGUCUUCAGCUUAUCGGUGUGUCAGCAAUGUUCAUCGCUGCAAAGUACGAAGAGAUCUAUCCCCCGGAAGCCGAAGAUUUUGUCAAAAUUACAGACAAUGCGUACACACGCGAAGAAGUUUUCCAGAUGGAAGCCAAGAUGCUUGCGACGAUUGGCUACCGAGUGACAUUCCCGACUGCUUAUCAGUUCAUGAAGCGAUUCAUCAAGGCAUCCCGCACAUGUGACGAUAGAGUGGAGCACUUCGCACACUACGUCGUUGACCGCAGUCUACAGGAGUACAAGCUCAUGAAGUUCCUACCGUCUACCAUUGCUGCGUCGGCAGUUUACAUUGCCCGGACCCAGAUGAGGGAUACUCCAGCUUGGUCGUCAACGUUGGAGUACCACUCGUCAUAUAGUGAGCGUAGCCUUACUCCCUGCAUUGAUGAGUUGAAGGAGAUGAUCUGGAACGCCCACAACGGCGUGGGUAAGUUGCACAAGCUCACUGCUGCGCGACGGAAGUUCAGUAAGGAACGCUUCAUGGCAGUGGCAGCCGAGUCGCUCGCCUUUAGCAAGAGCGCGUAGACAUGCUGCAAGCAUGUACUGUAUGUAUUCUUGCCCAUGAAGCCGCUAUGCCGAUGACAAAUUAUGAACCUGAUUGUACAACAUCGUCAAGACUUCGAUAAAACUCUCUUGAGGCACGAAGCACAUCGUCCAGCAUGCACAGAGGCAAUAACAUGUCGUAUCCAUAUACUUUAUUCUGCUCAUACACACUCAUUGAGCGUCAUGUUAGCAACAAAAUGAACACAAAACGACAAUACAUGUGCGGAAAGAUUCUAUGACAAGGCAGAUC